AUGAAAACUCUAAAUACAAAAAAUGUCUUUCAAAAAGGUAAAUUUUUAGUAGUUUCAUUUAGUGGGAUAUUUACAGAAACAUAUAUUUUAAGGGGAUGGUCAAUAUUAAUUACUCUGUAUUCAUUUGUUCAUUUUAUUAUAUUACUUAUAUUUUAUUUUGUUGAUAUUGAAGAACAUUGGGGACUAAUGUUAUGUGGACUAAUGUUUAAAAAUCAAAAACAAGAAUUUUAUAUUCUUCAUACAAUUUUUGUUGGAGUGAUUGGAAUUAUUUCUUUUUUUGGAAUUUUUUCACGUUCAGAAAAAAUUAUUAUUCGUCAUACAGCUUUAGUUCCAACUCUUACUGCUUUGUUCUUUUUUAUUUCUGCUUUUGUUGUUAAUUCAUCUCAAGGAGGAAUCAUUCCAAUUUUAUUCUUCUUAGCUUCAAUAGUUUUAAUUAUUUCACCAAGAAUAAUAUUUAAAUUCCUUUCAGUUUCACUUGCCUUUAUAAUGUUUAUUUAUUUAAUUAUAUUAUCAUUAUGGAAUGUCUUCUCAUUUGUUUCUAAUGAAUAUAAUUUCUUUCAGGUAACUGAAUUAGAUGUACUACAAAAAGCUAUGUCUACUGUUGGAUUUUCUAUUGUUAAAUAUCCUUCUUGGGGUUUCUUUGGUAUGAAUUAUGCUGCUUAUUUAAUGUUUCCAUUAAUAUGUCUUUGUAUUAAAAUUAUAUUUAAUGAAAAAGAACCAGAAAAUAAUUCAGAAAAUGCUCCACAAACAGGAGUAACAGAAUUUACAUCAAAAACAGAAGAAGAUAAUUCAGAAGAAGAACCAUUCAUUGAUGAAAAGAAAUCAAACAAUAAAAUAAUUAAAGAAGGAUUAAAACAAAUAUAUAAAUUUAUUAUUACAUGUCUAGCAGUUUGUUUACAAAUAAUUGUAAAAGGAGGAGUGUUUAUUUCAAUUAUUGUAAUGUUUUGUGUAGGUCUUGUAAAUAUUAACAUCUUUGGAUUUUCAUUUUUAGUUAUUUCUAUUUCAUUAAUAUUUAUUCCAAUUAAUUAUUGUCAAAAAUUAUGGCCAAUUGUUAUUAUUUAUACAUUGCUUAUCGUAUUAAUGGAAAUGAUUGUUCAAUUAGAUUACAUUGAUGUUUCAUCACUUCCAUCAUAUAUUGGAUUAUAUAAAUUUAAUGAUCAAACAACACAUUCUGUAGAUAUUAAAUGGGAUGAUACUCAUCUUGGAGAAUUAAUAUCAAAGAUUAUUUUAUUAUUUGUUUCAUUUCUUGAAUAUUAUGCAAAUAAAAUUGGUGUUAAAGUGAUUCAUGAUGAGAGUAAAAUUGAAGUAUUUAAAUAUUCAUGUGCAAAAUUUAUUGAUUUCUGGGGAUUAUUUAUUUGUUGUGUAGUUAUUGCAAUUGCUGCUUUUUAUGAAGAUAUUAAUAUUGAAUUAAUUUUAUAUAUUAUUGCAUUAGCAAUUCUUGUUCUCUUACAAACUCAUUUUGUUUAUUCUAAAUUAGUAAUACAAUUUAUUUUACCCAUUUAUUCAAUCAUAUUCUUUGUUGUUCUUCUUGUUCGUUAUGUUUCUCAAUUUAGACCUGAUUCAGUUUAUUCAAAUAAUAACGACAUUUAUAUUAAUACUUUUUGGGAUAUUUUUACUGGAAUGAGUCAAGUAGAAGUUGGUUGUUUAAAAUAUAAUUCAUUAUGGGAACGUCUAAAAGGAUUUUUACCAAAUAUUCUUGUUAUUGCAGUUUGUGCUAUAGAAAGUCGUUUAUUAAUUACUGUUCCUCGUUAUUUAAAAGAAGUUGAAGAAAUGUAUCUUGCUGAAUUAAAGAAAAAGAGAGGGGUUCAACAUUUUGACAGAGAAGCACUUCAAUAUUCAUUCAAUAGAUUUGAACAAGAAACACGUUUAGCAAAUGAAAUUAAUGAAGAAAAGAAUUUAACUAAAGUUGAAUUAAUUUCCACGAGUCAAGAAGGAAAUAAAAUUCUUAAAUCUAAGAAAGAUAAAACAAAUAAACAAAAUAAAUAUUUAAAUGAUGAAGAAAAGGUUCAAUGUAUUCCUAAGGUUAUUUGUGAAAUAUCUGAUUUGAUUAUGAGGUUUUUAGCAAUUUAUAUUCCACACAUAUCAGUUAUUUGUGCUAUUAUUAUAGCUGCAUAUCCAAUUGUUGAUUCUACAUUUGAACAUCAAACAUGGGAUUGUUUACACUUUUUAUUAUUUAUAACAACUAUGAUUUGUCUUCUUUCUAAGAAAGGAUUUAAUGCAGCAUGUGCUCCAUUGUUAUGGGUUUGCACUAUUAGUAUGAUUAUAUUAAUUGUUCCAAAUUUUAGAACAUUCAACCAAUUAAUAGAUCAAUAUAAUGUUUUUGGAUCAACUCAAACAAAAAUAUGGAUUUAUAGUCUUAUUGGAAUUAAAACAUGUUUUGAUGAUGUUUUAACAGCACCUAAAUGUGUUUCUUAUGAUGAAUUAAAAUAUCCAUAUUGUUGGGAUUUAAUAAAGGAUUUUCUUGUAAUUUUCUUCCUAAUUAUUAUAACAAGAACUUCAUUUUUCUGGGGAAGAAUAUAUAAAAAGAAAGAAAGAUUAACAUUAUUUAGAUAUAUUGAUUUGGAGUAUGAUUUAAAAAAAUAUUCAUGGAAUAAAGUAAAGUAUUAUAUUUCAAAUUUCUUCAGUUAUUUUGGUCCACUUUAUAUUCUUUUGGUAUUAAUGAUUUGUAUUUGUUUACAUGCUAAUGAUUUUAUGGCAAUUCUUUAUAUUAUUAUUUCUUUAGUUGCAGUUAUUUGUCCACAUAAAAUUCUUACUAAAAUGAUUCCAGUUGUAGAAAUUAUUUUAUUAAUACUUGUUAUUAUUAACUCUGUUUGGACAAUUCCAUUAGAACCAUUAGAUACACAAUGGGAAAUUUGGAAGAAAUGGGACUGGGAUAUUGAUUAUUCUUUAAGAAAAUAUACGUUAUUAAUGCCAGUUGAACAAGGUAAAAAAUUAUUGGUAAUAAAGGUAUUUGACUGUUUAUUUAUUUUUCUUAUCAACCGUAUAUCCUUCCAUUUUAGAGAAGGUCAUGUUCAUGAAAUAUAUAAAUUCAUUUCACCACCUUAUUUCCCUGAAGUAUCUCGAAACAUUUUUGAUGGGGUUCAUCGUGUUUUAUUAAAAUAUUUUAAUCUUAUUUGUGGAAUUAUUAUAAUGUUACUUGCUGUUAAUCGUAAAGAUAUUAUAUCAUAUGUUUAUGUUGGAAUGACAAUGUAUAUUGUUUUUAAAGGUAAAUUCCUUAGAGAAAGAAUUCAAUGGAAGAUAUUACAAGUUUUAAAUUUCUUUAUUCUGAUUGUACAAAAUAUUUUUGUAUUAUCUUCUCUUCUUACUUACUUUAAAGAUGAUGAAGAAACUAAAAAAACACAAGGAAUUAAUUUAGUGUUGCAAAUCUUUGAAACAUUUGGACUUUAUAUGCACGCAGGAGAACCAUUUGUUUUUAAUGUAGUUAUAUUAUUUGUUAUGUUAAUUAGAAGUGCAGUGUUUAGACAAAUCCCAGAGACAUUCAGAAAAUUAGAAGAUAAUAUUGAAAAAGAACGAGCAAAUAUUUUUGUAAAAUUAAAAGAGUUGAUUGAUUUAGAUAGAGACAAAAUAAUGAUUGAAUUAGAUAAAAAAUAUAAUGAAAAAGUUCUUCGUAUGAAAAGAUUAGAUGAAUUGAGAGAAUUAAGAAAAAAAGAUAGAUUAAGUGAUUUCCAUGAUAAUGAUUUUGUUGAAGUUGCAGAAACAGCUCCAAAAGAAAUUACAACAAAAGGAUUCUUCCAAAAUCUUUGUGAUACUACAAAAGAAAUUUCUUUAAACUGUAUCGAUGCUUUGAUCCAUUUCUUACAUAGUAGAAAUCUUGUUGUUCGUUUAAAUUUACCUAAAAAUGCUACUGAUGAACAAAUAGAAGAUAGUUUAUAUACUACAAUUAAACCUGUAAGUAAAGAACCAUCAGCUACUUUUACCCCCAAAAAUGGAUCAACUAGACAAACUCCAAUAAAUAGAGUAGAUGUCAUAACAUCUAGCGAUAUGGUUCAAUCAGAUGAUGAUGAUAAUGUAUUUUAUUCAGUUAAAUCAUCACCAGAAAAUUUAUCAAUAAACUCUUCAAAUUCCUCUUCAGAAGAAGAGUCAGAGGUUUCAGAAGAAGAAUCAGAGGUUUCAGAAGAAGAAUCAGAGGUUUCAGAAGAAGAAUCAGAGGUUUCAGAAGAAGAAAAAAAUCCUCCACCAUCAGUCAAACUUGUUCCAAAGAAUGAAGUACAACAUCAAUUGAAAUCAAUGUCAGAUAUUAUUGAAAUAGAACAAAAAGAAGAAACAAGUCAAAAAGAUUCUUUAUCUAAUUUCGAGAAUACUAAUGUUAAGUCAAACACAACCACUCCAGAAAAAAAAGUCACAAUGAAAACUUCAAGAAUUUAUUCAAAUAAAAAUCAAAUUCCUAUUCAUAAACCUAUUCCACAAAGAAAUUAUGAAUUUAUUCAAAUUCAUGAAAGAAAUGAACCAUAUAAGUAUAAAGGUAGAAUAUAUAUGUUAUUCUGGGGACUUUGUUUUUAUUUUGGUCAACAAACCGAGGUUUUGGUUCAACUUAUUUUAGUACUUGAUGAAUUAAUUAAUCAAAAUAUUUUAAGUGCUGUAUUCCCUAUUAUUGGAUUUGCUGUUAUAGCACUUUCUAUUAGACCAUACCCAACUAAAUUCUUUUGGAAUUUCUUAUCAUUGUAUAAUGUAUGUCUUAUUCUUAUUCGAUUAUUCUUCCAAUUACCAGGAUUUUGUUUAACACCAAAUGAAUAUGACCAACAACAUGAUGUUAUUUCAUAUACCACUCAUAUUUUUAAUGAAAAAACAAUGCAAUGUGAUGCUACACCAUUAACAAAAAAUCAUAUGUCUCCUGUUUAUUUAAUAGGAAUUUAUCCAGUUCAUCGAUACAUUGCAUCAAGAUUUAUUUGGGAUAUUUUUUGUUUAUUUGCAAUAUUAAUACAUUUAUCAUGUAUGAGAUCACGUGGAUAUUGGAAACAACAAUAUUUAUUAAGAAGACAAUGGUCUAAUUUGAUUAUUGAAAAUUAUAGAAGACAAUUAGUCAAUAAAAUUAAACCAAGAACAUUUGGGGAAUUAAAAUUUGUUGUUGAAGCAUUAGUAGAUUUUGAAGCACCUGAAGGAGAAGAAGAUUUUCUUUCAUAUAAAAAACAUGAUUUGUUUGUUGUUGAAAAUAUGCAAGUGAAUGGAGAUUUAUUUGUUUCCAAAGGAGGGAAAAUGGGACUUAUUAAUUGUGAAAAUGUAACUAUUUAUGUUCAAAAUGGUAAAGUAAUAAAUAGUCAAGUUUGUAAAAAAUCAAAAAAAGUACAUAAAAAAACAUAUGACAAGAAAUAUUGUGUAAACAAAGAUAAAAUUUUAGAUGCUAUUGACGAAUUUGAAUGUGUUAAUUAUCAUGAAGUAGAAAUGUUAUCAGAAAAAUCUCUUGAAGUUAGUGAACAAAUGAGUUCAGAUAAACUAAAUAAUUUCCUUAAAAGUCGUGAGGAAUAUUUGAGAGAAAAAGAAUUAAAAUGUAAAAAGAAAAAUUUAAUUGGUAAAGCUUUUAGUACAGUAUAUCAUCCUCUUAAAUCAUUCUUUAAUUCUAUUGCUAAUGACCAAUUUAAACAAGGAGCUGAUUUUUAUAUACCAUUAUUUAUUAGUGAAGCUCUUUGUUUCUUAUUCCUUAUUAUUUUCCAAGGUACUUUUACUAAUAUUCAAGGUAGUUUUAUUAAAUUCUUUACAGAUGAUUAUUUACCAAUUACCUAUGUUCUUGGAUUAUUUUUACAAUUUGCAAUGAUUCUCGCAGACCGUAUUAUUUAUUUAUGUAAAUCUAUUAAAGCUAAAUUAUUUAUGCAAUAUUUUUCAUUACUUUUAUACCAUAUUUUAAUAGUUAUUGUAUAUCCUUCAUUUGUUGAAACUAAAACAAAAAUAGUUAAAGCAUGUCUCACUAUAUUUUACUUAUUCAAAGUUGUUUAUUGGAUAAUUUCUGGGCUUCAAAUAAGAGCUGGGUAUAAUAUAUUAUCAUCAAAACGAAUAUUAAUGACAAAUUAUUCAUUCUAUUCUCAAAUGAUCUUUCAUACUUAUUACACAUUACCUUUUGUUUAUGAAAUUAGAACAAUCCUUGAUUGGUGUCUCUCAAAAACUUCAAUGUUUUACAAACAAUGGUUAAAAGUAGAAGAUAUUCAUGCAGAAUUAUAUAUGAAUCAAUGUGACCGAGUAAUAGAACGUAAUAGAAAUCAUGUAUAUGGACAGCCAAGAGGAAUUGUAGAAAGAAUUACUUCUGGAUUUAUUAUGGUUAUUGUUCUUCUUGCAAUUUUAUGGUUCCCAUUAUUAUUCAUGUCAUCUGCUGCUCCUAAUUUUACUCAACCAAAACCUACAAACAUUGAAGUAGUGUUGAAUUUCGUUGGUCAAGGUGAAUUAUAUAAACAACAACAAUCAGUAUUCAAAGAAAUUACUAAAACUGAAUGGAAUGAAUUACAAAAAGACCAUUCUUCAUUAUCUCUUCUUUCUGGUGAAGCUAUUUAUUCAAGUCAAUUAUCAUCCGAUGCAAUGACUUAUUGGUUAUUAACACCUCAAAAGAAAAAAGAGUUAAAUACAAAUUUACUUGCUGAUGAAACAUUAACAUUAACUUAUUCAAUUUCUAUGUCUCGUGAGUCAUCUGCUGCAUCAAAUUCAUUCAAAUUUAGUGGAUCAUACGAAAUGAAUACGGAAGAAAAAAAGAAAUUAUCAACAAUUCUAAAUAAUGGAACUAGUGACUUAUAUUUAUCUAUCUUUCCUCAAAUCUUGAAGAUGCCAACCUUAAAAGAGAAAGAACUCCUUGAUGCUUUUGAUAAUGUAAAUAUUACUUUAAAGCCAAUUCUUCACUUUGAUUCAGUUACUAACUUGUAUUAUUGGUCUUUUCAACAAUGUGUAAAUGUUGAUGAACUUUGGAAUUGUUCAGAAGGAAUAAAAUUUUUCAUUUCAUCUCCAAAAGUUCCAAAUUCUGGUAUUUUAUCUGCUCUCAGUUCAUUAGGUAUUAUUGGUCUUUAUACUGUUGUUGUACUUGCACUUUAUUCUUUAAUCAAAUCUGAUUAUGUAGGUCAGGCUCAUACAAUUAUGUUUAAAAAUCUUCCUAAUUGUUUGGGAUUGUUACAACUUUGUGAUGAUAUUAUUAUUGCACGACAAGAUGGUGAUUUACGUCUUGAAGAAGAUUUAGUGAAUGAACUAAUUACAAUAUAUAGAACUCCUUCUCUCUUGUUUGAAAAAACUAAGUAA